UACGUCACGAUCAAGUGACGUCAGCUGUCAGUAAAGCGUAGCAAUUCGUCUCUUUCCCACGCACUAGUAACUACUAAAAACUAGCCUUUAUUAGUUCAUUACAUUGAGCAGAAGUAAUUUUUUACAAGCUUUGUUGUUGGGAAGACGUCUUAAAACCAUUAGAUUUACAUAUUUAAUUCUGUAUUUGAAUUUUAAGUGACAAUGGCACCAAUCGAUGGCACAUUUGACUAUGACCUGGCAGUCAUCGGUGGUGGCUCUGGAGGAUUGGCCUGUGCAAAGGAAGCUGUUAAUCAUGGAGCAAAAGUGGCUGUGUUAGAUUAUGUAACCCCUUCACCGUUGGGUACAAAAUGGGGUCUCGGUGGUACAUGUGUGAAUGUUGGGUGUAUACCUAAGAAGUUGAUGCAUCAGGCUGCUCUACUCGGAGAAAGUAUACAUGAAGCGGUGUCAUACGGCUGGGAGGUGCCAUCGCCCAAAGACAUCAAGAUAAACUGGAGCUCGUUAACAGAGGCAGUACAGAAUCACAUCAAAUCAGUCAACUGGGUGACUCGAGUUGAUCUUAGAGAUAAGAAGAUUGAAUACAUAAACGGUUUAGGAGAGUUCAAAGACGCGCAUACGAUAAUUGCUACGUUGAAGAACGGCAGCAAGAAAGAGUUGACGGCUAAGAACAUUGUCAUAGCGGUGGGCGGCCGACCUCACUACCCCGACAUACCUGGCGCGCUGGAGUACUGCAUCAGCAGCGAUGACAUCUUCAGCCUCGGCUACCCGCCCGGCAAGACGCUCGUCGUUGGUGCUGGAUACAUCGGUCUUGAGUGCGCGGGAUUCCUGAACUCGUUGGGGUACUCUGCGACGGUGCUGGUGCGGUCAGUGCCACUGCGAGGGUUCGACCAGCAGAUGGCGCACCUGGUGACGUCGGAGAUGGAGGAGCGCGGCGUGCGCUUCCACCACAAGUGCGUGCCGCUCUCCGUCGAGAAACUCGAGAGCGGCCAGCUGAAGGCGCGCUGGCAGAACACCGACACCGGCGAACAGUGUGAGGACGUGUUCGACACAGUGCUGAUGGCGACAGGUCGCUACGCGCUCACGAAGGCCCUCAACCUGCCCGCCGCCGGCGUCACUGUGGUGACGGAGAGCGGCAAGAUCUCAGCGCCAACGGAGCAGACGAACGUGGGGCACAUCUUCGCAGUGGGCGACGUGCUGGAGGGGCGACCCGAGCUGACGCCUGUGGCCAUACACGCGGGCCGGCUGCUGGCGCGCAGGCUGUUCGCCGCCGCCGCUCAGCACAUGGACUACGACAACGUCGCCACCACCGUCUUCACGCCGCUAGAGUACGGCUGCGUAGGACUCAGCGAGGAGACUGCUAUCGCAAGACUGGGCGAGGAUGCUGUGGAGGUAUACCACGCGUACUACAAGCCGACGGAGUUCUUCAUCCCGCAGCGCAACAUCCGCAACUGCUACCUGAAGGCGGUGGCGGAGCGCGCGCCCCCGCAGCGCGUGCUCGGCCUGCACUUUGUCGGCCCUGUCGCCGGAGAGGUCAUACAGGGCUUCGCGGCCGCCAUCAAAUGUGGUCUCACGAUGGAGCAGCUGAUGAAUACUGUGGGAAUCCACCCCACUGUCGCCGAGGAGUUCACCCGGCUCAACAUCACUAAGCGCUCCGGCAAGGACCCCAACCCCGCCUCCUGCUGCAGCUAGACUAACCCCACCUCCCCCACAACUCCUGCACUACUCCCCCAACUCCCACACGACCAACAUAGACAAUAUUCCAAUAUGUAAAGUAAAAUCGUUUAUUUAUAGUGUUUAAAACUUUAUAUUUGAAUUCGUUAUAAUUGUUUGUGAAAAAGAUUGAGUCUGUCACAAAUAAGUAUUUGAACAAAAUAAUUGAAUUAAAUUUAUUUAACAUUA